ACAGCACCCGUACUGCGUCAGUGCGAAGGAGGGCAUGAGCAGUAAACGCGGAAGAGGUGAGGCUGCUGCUAAGCUGGAUAAAUAAGGGACGUUGCCAACAGGACUGUAGGGUUUGGUACAACGCGUAAGAGGUGGCUCCAGAGACAUGACCUGCUGCCCUCUGUAUCAGCAGAUGUAUUCCCUGUCAUGGUGGUUGAGAGACAAAAUGGGAAUGUGCUAGUGCGUCUUGGACCCAAGCUUAAGGCCUGUCCUGAGGAGUUAAUCCGGCAGCGCCAUGGUCACAAUGGGCACACUGAAUAUCUGAUUCGCUGGAACAUCCUCAGUUUGGAAAAUGGUACAGGAAGUAUGGCUAGUGCCUCUUCUACAGAGAGCAAAAUGGAGAACAUCCUGAUGUGGAUGUCAGCUGAUGACGUCUGUGCCAACUGCCCAUCGUUAUUAGGCAAAAAGAAACGCAAGGAAGAGAAAGCAUUCAGCUUAUUCCCUCCUGAUGUCACGUUGGAUGAAGCCUCUCUUUUGGAGAUGAAGGCUGAUGUCAGGAACCUGGUGCAGCGAGCUGCUUUGCAAAUGGAAAGCACCACAGUCCCUCAGUCUUCCAUCCUGAACACCAUCCAUGUGCUCAGCGCCUAUGCCAGUAUCGCCUCAUUGAUGGGUGUCUUCAAGGAAACAGGUGCCCUCGAUUUGCUGAUGAAGAUGCUGUGUAAUGAGGAGAAGCAGAUCCGUCACAGUGCUGGCAAGAUGCUAAGGGCUCUGGCUUCACAUGAUGCAGGAAGCCGAGCCUAUGUUCUCUUGUCCCUGAGCCAGCAGGAGGGCAUUGAACAACAUAUGGACUUUGACAGUCGCUACACCCUCCUUGAGCUGUUCGCAGAAACAACAUCCUCGGAAGAGCACUGCAUAUCCUUUGAAGGGAUCCCCCUUCCUCAGAUUCCAGGGAAGCUGCUGUUUUCUCUGGUGAAGCGCUACCUGUGUGCCACCUCCCUCAUGGAUAAGCUGAGCAGUGCCACAGAGCUAGGAGGGGAGCAUGCGCACUCUGAGCCCUCCAGUGCAAACUCUGGGGAAAACAAAAGGCUGCAGUGUGAGUUUGACUUCAGCAUGGCCAUGGCUAACCUUAUUUCAGAGCUGGUGCAGGUAAUGGGCUGGGAUCGCAAUCGGGAACUUCAACCCUUCAAGAGAAAGCAACCUCGAGUAGUUCCGUCUAUCUUCCAGCCCCAGAUUCCCACAUGUGCCACCACCCCGCCAGCAGCCACACAACUAUCCCAGAAAGAGAUCGGUACUUUCAGAUUGCGCUCUGCCUUCCCUAGUCGCAACAGCUAUGUGGAGUAUGUGCAAGAGAAACUGGUGCGUGGCAUGUGCGUGCGCAUGUUGGAGGACUAUGAGAAAGUCUGUGCGGGAGAUGAGGGCGAGUUCCUCCAGAGCAAUAAUGGCAUGCCACCUGUCCAGGUUUACUGGGAGUCUCUGGGCCGCACAUACUGGGUGCACUGGCACAUGAUUGAGGUUGUUUGUCCCUCCAGGCAUGCAGAGCAGAAAGCCCAGCAAAAAGUAUCUAGGCUUACUGAUUCUCUGAGACAGGACACAGUUAACCAGACAAUGUACUGCAAACCCCUUGGGAGACUGUACUCCCUGCCUUACCUGGCGGAUCAGAUGAAUGAGAACUCUGGUAAUCUGAGCCGUGCCGAAUGGUGGGAGAUUCUCUUCUUCAUUAAGAAGCUGGAACAGCAUGAACAGCAAGAAGUCAUUCAGCUCAUCCAGCAGAACAAGAAGCUGUCAGAGCUGAACGAAGAGGACCUGAUCCCACUGUCUGUGUCAGUAGAGUUAGCCAAGAAGGUGUUGCAGUUCCUGAGCAAGCACUGCCAGAGUUGCACCCAAGGUGACUUGCUGAACUCCCACGUCUAUCUCAAGUACUCUUUCAGCAAAGGAGGAACAGAGCAUAACUGCCAAAAUGUGGACGUGACCCCUUCAACGUGUGGUGAUCUUUCUGAAGCCAAAACAUCCAAAAAAACAAAGAAGAGCUCUCCCUCUGCUGAGGUGCCUUCUCCAGCUCCAUCCAGGGCAGAGAAAACGGACACACAGCUGAUUAACGAGCUGCUCAGAGUGGAAGGACUUUCCUUUCCAGACACACUGGAUGAAAAAGCCAAAGCUUUCUGCAGUGUGAAGCUAGCAGGGAAGGAAAGCACCUUGGAACAGCUGGCAGAGGCCUUGGAGAUGAUCCAGAAGUCCAGCGGUGACACCGAGCGGCAGAUGGCUGGUCUCAGAUUCAUCGCCAACAUCUUGGAGAAGGAGCCUGGGCAAGAGAGACAAGAGAAACAGGUCAAAGUGGGGAGUGAACUCGCCAUAAGGGAGAAAAUGGUGAAGAUGCUGGUGGAGCUCCUGAGCCACCGAGUGGAGGAGACGCUGCUUGUAGUGUUGGCGCUGCAGGUGCUAUGUGGGCUCCUGGCAAAGUAUGACUGGCGGGUCCUCUUUGCCACCCGAGGCGGGCUCCCUUCCGUGCUGUGCUGCAUGCAGGAGCAUUCCAGGUCCGCGCCGGUGCAGCAGGCUGGCCUAGCAGUGUUGAAGGUGCUCUUGGGUGCUGGAAAUUGUGAGCUACCCGGUGCCCAUGGGAAGCCCUACCCUCUGACGAUGCAAGAGAUAUUUGCUGGGAUUGGUCCAGCUUCCAGCAAGGACUGUGGCAACUUGCUCUGUGCCAUCCCUGCAGCGAUUGAGAAGAUGUUGAGGACACCUGGGGCCUCAACUGCAGUUCAAAAUGGGCUCCUGGUACUCAACAAGCUGAUGGACCACCACAAAGGCCUGGCAGAGCAGCUGGGAAACUGUGACCUCCACUCAGUCCUGCAGAGCUGCUGCCAAGCUGGCCAGAGCUCCAACGGGAUGCUGGCUCGGAUAGUGCUCAACCGUCUGGCUGAACAUAAGUUGCCAACGACCCAGGAGAAUGCAGUCUCUGGGGCCUCCUUUGACCUGAAGGACGUCGAUGUUCCCAAACUGCUGAGCAGCCUCUACACAAGCCGCGCUUGCAAGGAGCUGGCCUUGGUGCUAGAGCGCUGCAUCUACGCCUGCCCUGAGGGGAACACUUACAAGUUUCUGGCGGAUGUGCUUCUGCUCAAAGGCUUGGUGAAGCUGGGAUCUGAGAAGGAUGUACUACUGGAAAUGUUACGGCUUUUGAACAAGUUUUUGGACAGUUCCUUGGAGGAUGCAGUACCCUGGCACCAGUGCAUUGAGCCAUGCUUGUCUUCCAUUAGUGCCCACAUAAAUGAUCGAGAGGUUGUACAGGAGUCCGUCAAGUUCCUACACUGCGUGGCCACCCUUGACAGAGACUGUGCUGUUAUGAUGUGCUGCAUGGGCACUCAGGAAGCCUUGACCGAAGUCAUAGAGAAACACAGCUCCACUCUGCUGUGGGUGGCAGAACUGGGGGACCUCAUGAGCAAGUGUGAGAAGUAUGCUAGCCUGUAUAAGAAGAUGACGGCCAGCAUCCUGGCUGGCUGCAUCCAGGUGGUUCUGGGUCAGAUUGAAGAACACCGGCGGAAACAUCAGCCUAUCAACAUCCCCUGCUUCGAUGUAUUCCUGCACGGUCUCUGUCAAGGCUGCAGCGGGGAAGUAAAGGAGGACAAGUGUUGGGAGAGGGUGGAAGUCUCCUCCAAUCCUCAGCAAGCCAGCAAGUUGAUGGACGGGAACCCCAAGACCUACUGGGAGUCCAAUGGCAGCAGCGCCUCCCACUACAUCAAUGUCUACAUGCACCGUGGGGUCAUAGUCCAGCAGAUGUCUCUGCUGGUGGCCAGUGAGGACUCCAGCUACAUGCCAGCCCGUGUUAUGGUGAUGGCAGGGGAGAGCGCCUCCAGCAUCAGCAUCAAGCUCAAUAUGGUGAAUGUCCCGCCAUCAGCCAACAGAGUGGUCCUCCUGGAGAACAUGACCUGUUUCUGGCCCAUCAUACAGAUCAGAAUCAAGCGCUGCCAACAGGGUGGCAUUGACACGCGUGUGCGUGGCAUCGAGGUGCUGGGUCCCAAGCCCACCUUCUGGCCCAUCUUCAAGGAGCAGCUGUGCCGGCGCACGUACCUCUUCUACACUACCAAGGCCCACACUUGGUGCCAGGAAAUCUCAGAAGAUCGGAUGCAGUUGCUGCAGCUCUUCAACAGGUUGAACAGUGCCUUGCAACACGAGCAGGUGUUUGCCGAUCGCUUCCUUCCCGAUGACGAGGCUGCCCAGGCCCUGGGCAAGACCUGCUGGGAGGCCCUCAUCAGUCCUUUGGUGCAGAGCAUCACCACUCCAGACCCCAGCGGCAUCAGCCCGCUGUCGUGGCUCCUCAGCCAAUACUUGGGGAAUUUGGAGGCCGCCCGGAGUGCCAAGAGCCGGGCGGCCAUCUUCAACUCCCGUGUUCGGCGUCUGAGCCACCUCCUGGUGCACGUGGACUCCAGCAGCCCUGAGCCCGAGGAGCUGAAGCCCCCCGUCAAAUCCAAUGGAAAGAAUGGGAAGAACAAGGAGUCAAGCUCUGGGGCUGUCAAGGCAGCCGUGAAGAAACCCAGCAGCACCACAGGCAUCACCCAGUGCUGGAAAGGUGUGGUCCAGCAACAGGUGAAGCGGUUCCUGGAGACCUCGUGGCAAGCCCCGGACUUUGUGGAGCGUUACUGCAACACCUACCUGCGCCUCCGCACCGCCAUGGAGGAGCUCUUUGGGCAGCAGAUGUCCUUCAUGCUGGCCCUGUGCCACGGCUUCUCUGGAGGGCUGCUGCAGCUCUCCUUCCUGACGGCCAUGCACGUGAGUGAGCAGUUUGCCCGUUACAUUGACCUGUGGAUCCAAGAGAGCUGGGCGGACUCGGGCAACGUGGAGACCUUGCGGCGCCUGCAGCAGAGUCUGGAGCCCGUGCUCUUCCUCGCAGGCCUGGAGUUGGCCAACACCUUUGAGCACUUCUACCGGUACUACUUGGGAGACCGGCUCCUGUCCCAGGGCAAGACGUGGCUGGAGUGCGCCGUGGUGGAGCACAUUGGGCUCUGCUUCCCCAACCGCUUCCCGCAGCAGAUGCUGAAGAACCUGAGCGAGCUGGAGGAGCAGCAGCAGCAGUUUCACCUCUUCCAGCUGCAGCAGCUUGACAAGCAUCUGCUUGAACUCGAUCAGGAUGGGAAAUGCGAGGAGGAGGAGGAGGAGGAGGGAGGAGCGAUGGCGGAGGAGCAGCCGUUCUCUCAGGAGGAAGAGGCAGAGGUGAAGGUGCUGGCCUUGUCUCCGCGCUGCUGGACCAUCUCCCCACUCUGCUACCUGGAGGAGCCGGCCACUUUUUUCCCAGCAUCCCUCAGUCAGCACCUGAGCAAGUUUGCUGACUUUUACACCCAGAGUCAGAGCCGCUUUGGGCUGGAGCACACCAAGCCGCGACGUUUGCAGUGGACGUGGCUGGGCCACGCAGAGCUUGAGUACCAGGGCUGCCUCCUGCACGUUUCCACCCUGCAGAUGUACAUCCUCCUCUGCUUCAACAGUGCUGAGGAGGUUUCUAUGGAGACACUCUUUCAAGUCACAGGUCUCUCCCCCGACCUCUUCAGUCACGCGUUGAAACCUCUGACAAAGGAGAAUGGGAUCCUGACCUGGAGUCAGAGUUUCUUGAGACUGAAUGAUGCGAGACUAGCCCAGAUGCCCGGCCAGCGCCUGCAGCUGUUGCCCAAGCAGACAUAUCUGAAUGUGGAAGAGAAUGACGGCAGUGCUCUGGAGAGGAAGAGGAACAUCAUCUGCUGCCUCCUUAUCCAGAUCCUGAAAGAAGAGAAAGAGAUACACAUUGACAACCUCGUGUUCAGGGUGAUUGAUGCCUGCCGGAAACUGGAACGUGGCUCAGCUCCGAUGUUCUCGAGGUUCUACUGCAGCAGUGCUGAUGUCCUGUCCUGUGUGCUGAACCUGCUAAACCAGGGUGCCAUCCGGCGCAAGGAAGACCACCCGCAGCUCCUGCAGUGUGUUUCCAUGGAGAGCUCCACCCCGGCAGUGCCAAGGAACCAACCUCAUCUAACAUUUCAGACUGUUCAGAUAAAAAAAGCACCUACUGUGCCCUGCCCAGGAAAGAGACAAACGUUCUCUACAUUUAGGUAGAACUGGCUGCUUGCCUGAAUACGUGGCUGUCCAGGAUGCUGCUUUUCUGGGUGGGAUUGAGAGGGCUGCUCUUCCAAGGCACUGGUUUACGCAAGCACAGCCAUGGAGAUCUUGCUCCAUGGGUGGCUCUAACUUUUCCUACAGGUUGGCAAGGUUUAAUUUUAGCAAGGAGAAAAAGGUGGUCCAAUAACACCGUGGGCUUCACGAGGCAUUGCCAUCUCCUUGCUGUGAAGCAAAACUAGCCAUGUUGCCAGAAGUGGCCGUCUCCAGAAGGUGGAUAUUUUAUUCAUACCAACUGGCUCCUAUUUCCACUGCUUGGCUGUAGAGUGUCUGCCUGCCAUAAACCUCCUGGGCUAGACACCAAGUUAUCUUGUGCCAGAGAAUGCAAAAAAGGCUGGUUGGUAAGCAGCUACAGCCUUUCCUGAAUGGCCAGAGUAGCUUGUGCCUCUGAAACCCAGGCAACUCACAAAACCUCUUUUCCAUAAUAUAGGCUUGCCUUAUUUCCCUGAAUUGCCAUGCAAACAUGGCAGGCUCUCCUGUUGUCUGAUCAAUGGCUUGGUUCCCUCCCCUUCCCCAGGAACAUGAGCUUUUUGAUAAAUGCCUCUGGCCCUAGGGGAGGAGCGUCUCCCUUCUAUUUGCAUGUUCCUCCAACUGCUGGGCAAGGGUGGCAUCUCACUGAGUUGAAAUUUUUUAAGUGGUCAGUCCACUUGUGGUUUUUUUGUAAUCCUUCAAUUCAAGGGCAGCAAACUUGGUGCCUUCCAGCUGUUGUUGGACUCCCAUCAGCCCCAGUCCACAUAGCCAAAGGUUCAGGGAGGAUGAGUACUGUUGUCCAGCAACAUCUCCAACACACCAUGUUGGCUGCUUAUGCUCUAAUUUUGUUAAUACAUCCCUUCAAUCCUGUCAAAUAGGAGAGCCUCCUUACCUCUGUUGCCAUCAACUUAGCCUUCCCCUUUUGUGUGUGUAGGGAGCUAGCCGGUGUAUUUACAGGUAGCCUCUCACAUGCCAGACUAAUGAGCGCCAUUUGGCAGAGACUGGAUGGCUGAGGCUGCAAACCAGAGUGAAUGACCAGCAUUUUCCCCUUUAGCAAUCAGACCUUGACAGGUGUUGAAACUGCAGCCAAUGAUAAGACCAGCCUAGAGGCACUCAAUGCAGACUGUGGUACAGUACAGUAGCUGCUUUUGUCUCUGCUUUCUUUAAUUCUAAAAAUGAGAAAUAGAAAGUUUGUAGUCUCUUGAAAUACCUGAAGCUUGUGAGCUAGUUUGUGUACAUAACAAGUGCACAUGAUAUGUGUAUUAUCGAUAAUGUCCACUGUGCUGCGAGGGGGGGGGUUCUAUGGGGAGUUAUCGAUCUCACCAGGGGAAGGGACGGUUGGAGUAGCUCACUUCUAUUUUUAACACCUUACGGCAGUAGCCAAGCUCUGCCCCUUAGUUUCUUGAUAUGGCUUGUGCUAGAGAAGGGGUGGGACCAAUGGCCUUUUGAGCCUUUGUUGGCCUCAGCCCUCAGCCCCCAUGGUCAAUGGUCAGAGAUGAGUGGGAGUUGCAGUCCAGCAACAUCUGGAGGAUCACAGGUUUCCCCAUCCCUGUGCCAGAGGUUCAAAAAUGAGGGGAAACUUCCCACUCACUAGCACUUCUGCAUUCUGCUCUACCUGUAGUUUCUUCCUCUGCUUUUCUGUUGCCUACCUUCAGCGCAACUAUCGUCUCCUCUAUCAACCAGACUCCCUUCCAAAGAAGUAAAAAAAAAGUCUGCAAUCCCAUCAACUACUGAAGUCCAAGCAAAUAAAAACAAAUUAGCUGAGAAUGCACAGUGCGGCUUCCUUGCACUACUGUGUAUAAAGUGGUACAAGAUUAGCAUGAAUCAAGUGAGUUUCUGUGUUAAGCAGCUGAACUCCGGUGGUGUGUUGUUGUGUCAA